AUGAAAAGAGUUGAGGCUCUACUGUGUAAAAUCACUCUCAAAAUCUUUAAGAGGCAAUUCCCUAUGUACAUCUUUCUUCCAAAUGCAAAAGAUGGGAUAUCAGGUUUGGUUGAGAAAGUGGCUUCUGAAUUUGAGUUAUUAGAUUUUCCUCUUACUCAAUGCGAAUUAGGUGACUUUGGAAUUCCAAGAUUCAAAUUUUUAUUUGGGCUUGAAACUUCUCAUGUGUUGAUGGAGUUAGGAGUGAUUUUACCUUUUUGUGCAGCAGGUUUCACAAAAAUGGCUAUUGAAGUGACUAAAGAAGUAAAUUUAUGGGCUCAUAAAAAGACAAAUGGCCUUAUUAAAGAACUUGUUCCUCCACAAUCAGUCGACAGCUUAACCAGACUUAUAUUUGCUAAUGCACUGCACUUUAAAGGUUCAUGGGAUGAACCGUUUCCUGAUUGGUGUACGAAAAACUAUGAUUUUCAUCUUCUAAAUGGCAGCUCAGUUAAGGUUCCUUUCAUGACCACCAACCUUGAACAGUUUAUUGGAGUUUUUGAUGGUUUUAAAGUUCUUUGCCUUCCUUAUGAGCAAGGAGAAGAUAAGCGGCAAUUCUCUAUGUACAUCUUUCUUCCAAAUGCAAAAGAUGGGUUGUCAGAUUUGGUUGAGAAGGUGGCUUCUGAAUAUGAGUUAAUAGAAAACAAUUUUCCUCUUACUGAAAUCGAAUUAGGUGACUUUCGAAUUCCAAGAUUCAAAUUUUCAUUUGGGCUUGAAACUUCUCAUAUGUCUUGGGAGUUUUAUCAAUGA